AUGAAACCAUACGACCAGGAAUUAACUGAAGAUGACUGCUCCUCAUACUUAGGCAGUUGCCUGAUCAAUGACGUAGUCAUAGUAAUGGAGGUAGUCGCACGCAUUUUCGAGGCUCGAGCAGCGUUGAAGUUCGAAGGACUCAGUAAUUGGGUGGUUGCAGACACUGAAGGACAUGACAACGACAACAGUGGUGUUCUUAUUGUCAUGUUUCAGAUCGUGUACAUGCGCAGUUGGACUGGUUACUCCCCAGAGAUAAGCUCAACUCCACCUUACACAUUCUCACCUCGAGAUGACGCUCAACUACCCGCCUCACUAAUCCUGGCUCAUGAAACCGAGGAGUUAAUGAUUUGGCUCGGUCGAAACGCUGGCCGUCUGGCUGCCUGUCAUCUGGAAUUGACCGCUGUUGCCAGUCGUUCAAGUAUUCAACUGCUCAACGAGCAACAAGCUGGCUCAGCAACGCCACUAGCCUGUGCCGGCUACCGAAUAGACUUUUAA